AUGGCCGCAGGCAGCGAGCAGAGCGGCCCGCGGGCCCCCACGCCGGGCCAGCAGCUCCGCGCCCUCUUCUACGCGCUGCCGCCCGGCGAGAGCUCCUUCCGCUCGCUGGAGGAGGUGCCCGACUACGUGGAGAAGAGUAUUCCAUUCUUUAUUACUUUUAUUGGGCUGGAAUUUGCUGUCAGCUGGAUUCAGAAGCGUAAACUGUCGGGUCGGAUUAAUGAUGGCAUAAGUUCCCUUUCCUUAGGUAUCCUGUCUCGACUGCCAGAUGUUUUAUUCAGAAGUGUUGACCUAAUAAGUUACAUCUAUGUAUGGAAUAACUACAGACUCUUUGAGCUGCCCUGGGACUCACCAUGGACGUGGUAUUUGACACUUCUGGGAGUGGACUUUGCAUACUACUGCUUUCAUCGCAUAAGCCAUGAGGUUAAUAUACUAUGGGCUGCGCACCAAGUACACCAUAGUUCUGAAGAUUACAACUUAUUCACAGCCUUGAGACAAUCUGUCCUUCAGAAAUACACCUCCUGGAUGUUCAACUUGCCCAUGGCUCUUUUCAUUCCCCCUUCGGUGUUUGCUGUUCAUUUACAGUUUAAUCUACUUUACCAGUUUUGGAUACACACAGAGGUUAUCACCAAACUUGGGCCUCUGGAGUGGAUUCUUAAUACUCCCAGUCAUCACAGAGUUCAUCAUGGUAGAAAUCCUUACUGCAUUGACAAAAAUUAUGGAGGCACACUUAUUAUCUGGGACAGGAUAUUUGGAACCUUUGAGGCUGAAGAUGCAAAAGUUGUAUAUGGCUUAACACAUCCAGUAAAUUCGUUUGACCCCAUCAUGCUCCAGCUACGUCCCUUGGCUCAUAUUUGGAACACAUUUUGGGCCACACCUGGAUUCUGCAAUAAGCUUUCUGUCAUAUUCAAAGGGCCAGGCUGGGGACCAGGCAAACCUAGACUUGGCCUUCCUGAGGAAAUCCCGGUGAUCACUGGAAAAGAAGUUCCCUUCAAUCCAAUUGUACCAGCUUAUCUUAAUUGCUAUGCAGUUGUACAUUUUGCUGUAAUAACGGAGUUGUACACUGAACUCCUUGCUACUGCAACUACAUUAUCACAGGGAACUGUCCUCCUGAGAAUUGGCUUUAUCAUUCUGUCCCUGGCCUCUUUUGGACUACUUAUGGAGAACAAGUCCAAAGCAGGAAUUUUGGAAAUGAUCCGCUGCUUAGUCUUCAUAGGUGUUUACAAACUUGGCUACUUUAGAAGUCAGUUUUCUUUCCUGGGCUAUGCAUAUGAGGUCUUGUUUUCCCUCUGUGCUGCAUUCUGGGGAAUCCAAAUCAUGAAGAGGAUCACUUCGUCCAAAGAUAAACGUCACUGAAAGAGCAGAUCUAUCUCUUUAAUUAUGGAAACAGCACUUUAGAAAAAUGCUCUAAGUUCCUUGGAAUUAAUCAACCAUGAAUCUUACUGAAUUGCAAUCAGUUCACUUGUGAUAGGAGAUGUUUGUGAUUUGGUAAGAAUGUUUGAAAGCUUCUUUAGAGGAUGUAUUCAUUUUUACUUGAUUUUUUAAAGAAAUAUUUAAUUUCUCCCCAAUUUAAAUAAAAUGUUCAUUUACAACAUGGAUUUUUUACAUUCAUAGUACUGCAAAUUCUUAGGAACCACGUAAAACUAAUUUCAUCUUUGCAGUGAUUUUGUUCGUAGUCAUAUGUGAAAAGUAUUUUUCACAAGAGGAAUUAUUAAAAUCAUAUUUGUUGUAACCUGGUAUAAAGUGGCUGACUGUCUUCCUCUUGAGGCUAAGCAUAAACAUAUGUGAGUGUCGGGUUUUUUUGUAAUGAUUGAAUUACACCAGAAUCACCCUGUCAUGCCCAAUUCGGUGUUCAUAACAUACAGCUACAUGAAGAUGAGUAGUCGAGGCAAGAAAAUGAUUAAAACCAGCAUGAUAAAAUAACUCGAACUAGUAUGAGUUGAAACAUCUUAAAUAAAAUUGUCUGAUGUAUGUGUUGUAUAAUGCA